GGGGAGCCGAAGCAGGAGGCCCCGAUGAUUCCCCCGGCCAGAGCCAGUCGCGCCCGGACCCAUGACGAGACGUUGUGCAUCAACUGUGGGUGUGUCGGUCACUUCCGUUCGGAGUGCUUGGCGCCCUCCCGGUGCCCUACCACUCUUGCCUACCUGGGGUACGGGGUGGAGGGGGGUGGCUUCUACUAUGUGGACGCGACCCUGGAGGACGAACCCGUCCGGCCGCACCUAGCGACGAUCACCCUCGUCCCGGACCAGCAGCCACCGCCGUCGGUUGUGGUUACCGCUGAGAUUAUACGAGCGGAACUGUCAGCGUACAUUGGCGAUUACAGAGACAACGCCUUCUCUUGGAAAGUCACUGAGACAGCAUCGAUGGUCUACUCGGUACCCUUCCCUUCUGCUGAGAUGCUCAAUGUCUGCAGCCACGACCACGUCAAGUGCCCCAUCAACAAGUUCAUGAUCUCAAUCCAGAAGGCUGAUGCUGAGCCGGACACGGUGGCCCCCCUUGCCCAGGUGUGGAUGCUCGUCUACGGGCUCCCGGGUGGGGGCAAGCGCGAGCACAUUCUCAAGGCCAUCUCGGAGCCGGUGGGCAAGAUUCUGACGGUCGAUCUGGAUUCCUUGGAGGGCGAUGGCCCGGCGCGCGUCGAGCUCCUUUGUCAGGCUCCAGCUGAUGUGGACGGACUGUCCCUAAUCUUCUACUUCAGCAAGAACAAGGGCAAGUGUAUCACCUACAAGAUCGACCAAGAUCCACUGGAGGGGCGACCGGAGGACGAGCCGCCAGCACCGCCGCCGGCUCCACCGGCGGCGGGACAGGACAACGAGGAUAGCCUGGACAGCUCCGCGAAGUCGGGGGGUGGGCUUCCGCCGACGGCGUCGACCGAGAGCCGUCGCGCGCCAGUUUCUGCUGGUAUGGAGGGCGCUGGACUGCCGGGUGGCUCCACCCUCACCCUUUCUGUUGUAGCGGCAUCUUCGCUGGUUCCUGAGCUGGAGGAGGAGACCCUGAGUGCUAGGCUGGAUGUUCGCCCGCCGUCCCUGCCGCGCUCCCCUGGGGUGGUGUGCUACUCUCGCUCGCACCGACUCCCCCGUGGCCAGCCCCGGUACCCGGCCUGUACCCUCACCGGCAGUGGCAUCCAGACAGAGCGCGCGUCUCUGCCGGUCUCGGACUCUCCUGGGCGGUUGGGUUCCUAAGAUCCCGGAGAAGGUGGCCAUGCAUGCGGCGACAUGUGAUCUCACCCCAGCAUUGGCACCUGCUCUCUAGACAGCGCGACCGUGAUCGCCUCGGCCUCAUGCUGGAUGCGCUUCUGGAUUCGGCACGUCGUUUAUCAUUGUCGUAGGACCGCCUGGCGACUGGCACCAGGUGGCUUUUUUUCUUAUUUCUCUCUUGUCUUUUGGGCAUGAUUGUGCUGUUGCCCCAGCCGUCGUUCUUGUUUCGGACUAUGAAUGUUGGUUGUAUGGACUGUUGCUUUAUUUAUAAUAAAGCGGGGCGAAAGUCUAUUUCGAGA